AAUCAAAGUCAAAUACAACAAGACUGGAACAAGUGAUCAACCCAAUAUCGAUAAAAUAUGCCGAUAAACUCUACGUCAUUUAGCAAAUCCUUGAGAUUAUUAACCUGCUAAAACUUGUUCUCUUGUAAAGAAAAACUGAGCAUCAUCACAUUAAAAAUGUUAGUAUACAAAGGUUUUUUGUAAGAAUGGCACAACAUAUAGUUUGGCUCUCAAUCUUUUCCUUACUCUUUUUUAUUGACUUGUGUCCCACUGAAAAAUUAGAUGCGAUAUCUAAACGGAUCAAAAGAUGGAACAUUGAAAAUUGGAAUGGAUAUCCAAAUACGCCGAGCAACUUCGGAUACCGAAGUGCUCCGAAUCCCCCGACACGACCAGACUACAACGUGCAUGUCCACAUUCACCAUGAACCGGAGCAAACGUUGUACCAACCACCAAGUCAACAAUAUAAUAAUGAAGAUUAUGAGCGUGGCUUCCAUCAUGGCUUUUAUCAGGGACUGGUAAGUAAAUACAUUUUCCGAAACCGCGGCACGGUUCCGACGUGAACGUGUCGAUAAACU